AUGGCAGUCUCGAGCAAGUCUUUUCGGGGUUUUAGGGUCAAUCGUCCUCUAUUCAAAGUACAAAUCAAUAAAGAUAGUAGAACCUCUCAGUGUAAGGCGAAGACAAAGUUCAAAAAGGCAAAACUUGAUAAAUGCCAACCUGAAAAUUCCGGGCGACUCGAAGAAAGGCACGUCAAGACCUUUGUGGUCAUUUUAAGACCAAUCAAGAUUCCAUUACCUCCCAAUAUUUUACUAGAAAAAAUAGAGCAAGAGAAACGAAAAGUUUACUCAGAAACUUCACCGGAAAUAGGCUCUCUAUGGGAUUCUCCAAUCGCUUGGGAUAAUGAAGACCUUUUAUUUUCCAUAGCUAGCGAUGUCUUAGGUAACAUAUAUAAGAAGCCCGCUCGUGAAACUGCUUCAAACAAGCCACUAAACUCAUUUAUGGCCUUUCGCGCGUAUAACUCACAAUUCGGGUACGGCUUGAAGCAGAAUAUUUUGUCGUCGCUACUAGCUUCGGCGUGGCACUCACAUCCAGAGCAGCAAGGGAUAUGGGACACUUUUGCGCAGCAGUUUAAUUUUGUCAAGCCGAAGUGUGGGUUUGUGGAGUGGGUGGAUCAAAGAUAUGAGCGGGAGAGUUAA